AAAGAGAGAGAUCAGCAACAUCUCCGCCAAAGGCUUCCAUCUUUGUUUGUAGUGUGAAAAAAGUGAAGCGGGAAUAUCUUGCAAUUAAUGGCAAAUCGGUCCCAGUCUCUUUCAAUUAAUGUGCCAUAUGGAGGUCCAAGCGUUUCGGGACCAAGCAUCGCUGGAGCUCAAGGAAACAAGGAUCGGAAAAUGGCAUCAGCGGAGCACUUGGUGCUUGACCUAAGUAAUCCAGAUCUUAGAGAAAAUGCGCUUCUUGAACUCUCUAAGAACAAGGAGUUAUUUCAAGAUUUGGCUCCUUUCGUGUGGAAAUCUUUUGGUACUAUUGCUGCACUCAUACAGGAGAUAGUUUCAAUAUACCCUGUUCUAUCUCCACCAAAUCUGACUCCGGCACAGUCAAAUCGAGUUUGCAAUGCUCUUGCUCUUCUUCAGUGCGUGGCUUCCCAUCCAGAUACAAGGAUGCUGUUCCUCAAUGCUCAUAUACCUUUAUAUUUGUAUCCUUUCCUCAAUACAACGAGCAAGUCAAGGCCAUUUGAGUACUUGAGGCUUACAAGUUUAGGUGUCAUCGGUGCCUUAGUCAAGGUUGAUGAUACAGAAGUUAUUAGUUUCCUUCUGUCAACAGAAAUAAUUCCACUGUGCCUUCGUACCAUGGAAAUGGGGAGUGAACUCUCAAAAACAGUUGCCACGUUUAUUGUUCAAAAGAUUUUGUUGGAUGAUAUGGGCUUGGAUUAUAUUUGUACAACAGCAGAGCGGUUUUUUGCAGUUGGUCGGGUGUUAGGGAACAUGGUUGCAGCACUUGCUGAGCAACCAUCAUCACGCCUACUGAAACAUAUAAUUCGAUGUUAUCUUCGAUUGUCUGAAAACCCAAGAGCUUGUGAUGCUUUAAGAAGUUGUCUUCCGGAUAUGUUAAGAGAUGCUACUUUUAGUACUUUCCUUGUUGAAGAUGCAACUACUAGGAAGUGGCUGCAAUUGUUGCUCCAAAAUGUUGGAGGGAGCCGGCUUCCUUCGCUACAAGCUGGGGGAGGUUUUGAUCACAUGAUGCUGAACUAAAAGUAUCUGCAUCGUUCACAUGAUGGUGAAUUGGAUUAUCUGCAUUGUUAUUUCAUGACUGCUUCACUGUUACCUUGACCGUCUAUGCAACAUCAUAGACAGUGUCCUUGUUUAUUUAUCUUACUGUUAUUACAUAGCAUAAUUAGCUUCUUGUAACCAAGAAUGCAUGGUCUUUAAAACAAGCAAUUUAAUAGUUUAGUUUCUGGACCAAUUGUUUGGAUUUUACCUUGUAUUUGAGACUUUACCAUUGCUAUUGAGCAUUGACU